AUGUCUCAAUCUGAAACACCACCCCCGUCGCUGCUGCAGGCUCCACCACUGGAUAUCAAACUUCCCGGUCCCGAAACAAAAGAAACCAUCGAUAAAUCUAUUACAUAUAUUGUGAAAAACGGCAAAUCGUUUGAAGAACGACUAUUGAAAAAUAAUCGAAAGAAACAAUUUGAUUUCCUAAAGCCAGAAAAUGAAUAUCAUCCUUAUUAUCUAUGGAAGUUGAAAGCAUUGGAAGCAGUUGAAAAAGCAGAAGGCAAUUUGGGAAAACCAGUUGAGGAGGAAACUGCCGAUUUGAAAGAUAUUCAUAUUGCCAAACCCAGAGAUCUCCCUUUUUUCAUUGAGAAUUUCCCAGUCAUCACUCAAUAUGAUCUAGAUGUCAUCAAGACUAGUGCCUUGUACAUUUCAAUUAAUGGUCAAGACCAAAUACCAAAAUUGCUAGAUCAUGAGAAAAAAUUAGGUAAUGAAGCACAAUUUGAGUUUUUGAAACCUCACCAUUCUUUGCAUGGUUUAUUUCAAAUCUAUGUUGAGCAAUACCGCCUCAUAAACAAUAUGUCUACUAACCCCGAACACCCCUUGAGAAAGGAAUUGGAACAGGAAGUGGAUGACGUGAAGAAUGAUCGAGGGAAUGGGCAAUUUAACAUUUUAACAAGAUGUUUUCAACGUGCACAGUAUAUAAAACAAAAUAAGAUAAAGCAAAAGUUGAAAACGGAUGAGGUUAAACAGAAACAACUACGCUUUGCUCAAAUUGAUUGGCAGGAUUUUGUUCUUGUUGAUAUGAUUGAAUUUGAUGCAAUCGAUGAAGUUAAAGAAUUGAACCUACCUUUGAAAAGAGAUGAUUUAAUAAAACGAUCACUAGUUAACAAAAAGCAAGAGAUACCUUUACAAAAAGCAAAACCAGUUAAAAAUGAAAACCUAAAAGAAAAGUCAAAAGAGAUUGAAGAAACUAAAUCCGAGAGUAGUGGUAUGACUUCUUCAACUGAGACAACUCCAGUACCAGUACCACCGCCAUUGAAAGGAAUGAAAAUAAAAGCGGCAGGAACCUCAAGAUUGAAAAAGACAACUAACCCUUCAACCACAACCUCCAUCAUUUCACCCACCUCUUCCACAAUCACAGCAGCCGCAUCGGAGAAAACAAUCAUAUGUCCAAUUACAAAUAAAGCCAUUCCUGAAUCUCAAUUCGACACUCAUUUAAAAAAUUUACUUCGAGACCCAACUUAUAAACAACAACAAGAAAAUUAUCUCAAAAAAAAUUUCUCAUAUGAUUCAAAUGUUACUACUGAUCAAGUUUUUGAGAAUAUAAAACGAUUGAUGAAAAAGAGAAAGAUCAAAGUGGGAGAAACAACUGAAAAGAAGGAAGAGGAUGAGAACAACAAAAAACCCACACUUUAA